UAGCAUUAUUCCGGCUUGACCUGCUGCGCCGCCGGAGUUGAGUAGACUCUGCUACUACUUGCUUCACCGGCUCACCGCAACAGCACCCAGAAAAAAAAAAAAGCUCUCCUCGUUCGUCUCCUCCUCCUCCCCUUCUCAUUCCCAAAAUCCACCAAAUCCCGGCAGCAAGGCGCGAUCUCUGGCGCUUCCGCGGUUCGCGCGAUCCCCGAUCGGUCCGCGCCAGGGGCGCUGGUUUCAUGGAUUGGAGUUGCUGGGACGGCUCUUCGUGGGAACCCUCGUGCUGACCUGAUUCGUUUGGGCGUGGUUGAUUUGGGUCUUAGUUUUUGGUGGACUUUGAGUCCCUUUGCGGGUGGUUCUUGUUUGUAGGCUGUGAUUGGGGAAUCCUGGGAGGUUGUAGGAAUGGGAUUAUCUAGAUUGCUGUAAAUAGAGGUGAAGACAAUUCUUUUAGGUACUAAUUUGGUGCACAUAAGGUGAGAAUUUUGGUUAGGACUAGGUGGAGAUCAGGAUUAUUGUUAGGGAAGGGGAUGGGUGGCCUCUGCUCAAAGGUUUCAGCGGUAGACAAGUCCCCGAGCGACACCACGCUUGUUCGGGACCAGAUAGUUGAUCCUGAGCCUGCCUUGACAAAGCGGGCUAAGUCGCCUGUGGUUGAAGAGGCAACGGCGAAGCGGGUGGAAGACCAGCAGCAGUCUUUUGCAUUCUUGGAGAGCGUUGUUCCCGGGCUUGCUGUUUACAAUGGUGCAGAUGCCGGUCAGGCCGGGUCUAGGACACCACAACUGGCCCGGACUCUGUCGCAGAAGGCUGGUUUGGGCAAGACUAAGGCCGGUGCUGCAAAGGUUUCAGAAGUGAGCUCCCUUUUAGGCAGGGCUGGCACUGUUGGUCUUGGAAAAGCAGUGGAGGUUCUAGAUACGCUUGGUAGUAGCAUGUCAAGUUUAAAUACUAGCAGUGGUUUUAUAUCGGCAGCAAAGGGAGAUAAAAUAUCUAUUUUGGCUUUCGAGGUGGCAAAUACUAUUGUUAAAGGUUCCAAUCUAAUGCGUGCACUCUCAAAGACCAACAUAAAGCACCUCAAAGAAGUGGUGCUUUAUUCAGAAGGUGUUCAACACCUUAUAUCCAAAGAUAUGGAUGAAUUACACAAGAUUGCAGCAACUGACAAAAGGGAAGAGUUAGAAAUCUUUUCAAAAGAAGUUGUUCGAUUUGGAAAUCGUUGCAAGAAUCCUCAAUGGCACAGCUUGGACCGCUACUUUGAAAAAUUGGCAUCGGAACGAACUCCUCAGCAUCGCCUGAAAGAAGAUGCAGAAUCAGUGAUGCAGCAAUUGAUUAUUUGUGUGCAAUAUACAGCUGAAUUAUAUCAUGAAUUGCAUACUUUGGAUAGAUUUGAACAAGACUGUCGUCGUAAACAGCAAGAACUGGAUGGUUUGGGUUCAAGAGGUGAUAGUCUGCAUAUGCUAAAGCAGGAUGUCAAGAGUCAAACUAAGCAUGUUAAAAGUCUGAAGAAGAGGUCACUUUGGUCCAAGAAUUUGGAAGAGGUGAUGGAAAAGCUCGUAGACAUUGUUCAUUUCUUACAUUUGGAGAUCAAUAAUGCCUUUGGCCUCGCUGACAGUGAAGCGCCACAAGAACCAGCUAAACACCACAAUAGAUUGGGACCAGCAGGCCUUGCAUUGCAUUAUGCAAAUAUCAUCAAUCAGAUUGAUACUCUUGUUUCUCGAUCAAGUUUGAUCCCUCCCACUACAAGGGAUACACUAUACCAAGGUUUGCCACUGACUAUCAAAUCAGCUCUCCGUUCGAAGCUACAAUCCUUUGAACUCAAAGAAGAGCUUACAGCUUCUCAAAUCAAAGCUGAAAUGGAGAAGACUUUGCGAUGGCUUGUCCCUAUUGCAAAUAAUACAACGAAAGCACACCAUGGCUUCGGUUGGGUUGGAGAGUGGGCAAAUACAGGAUCUGAGCUGAACUGCAAGCUAUCAGGGCAGAUGGACUUAACCCGAAUCGAAACACUAUAUCAUGCUGAGAAGGAAAAGGUUGAUGGCCAUAUCCUUGAGCUUGUCGUGUGGCUCCAUCAUCUCAUCAGUAAAUCCAAAAAUGCCAAUGGAGGUGUAAGGUCUCCCAUCAAGUCUCCCGUCCGUUCACCAACACAAAAGGGUAUCACCUUGAUGCCAGACAAGUCGAACAGUUCAUCGCCAAUCCUCACACAAGAGGAUAAGGAUAUGCUGAAGAAUGUUAAGUUCCGGAAAUUCGUCCCUGGAAUAAGCAAGAGUCAAGAGUUUGACACAAAGUCAAGACAUAGCAAACAGAUUAGACUGAUAAAGAGCAACAGUCAAUCUCCAACCAGUGGCAGUAGGAAAGACAUGCUUUCACUCAGGAGAUCAUCCAUGCUUCCUGUCAUCGACUUCCAGAUGGAUAGGACCAAAGCUUUGGACUUAAUCGACCGGCUUGAUGGUCUGAAAAAACAAUGAGGAAUCAUGAAGCUGUUUAAGAACAUGAACCUGAAAAUGGGCAGUCGUUUGUCUAUCUUGAAAUCCAUAGCCCCAGCAAAGAUGUCGAAAAUUGGCGUUAAACUGCAGCAAUGCCGCCCGUCUGAGGUGAAGAACAAGCAGUAUGCCAAUUGCCAAACAAGCAGUACGCCCGUCUUGGCGCUGUGAGUAAUCAGUUGUAGCUAAAAAUUGUAUCAUAUACCUUGUACUGAAGAAAAGGAACUGAUGUACAAAACAUUUCUUUAGUUGAUUCUGCCUGUACAAGAAAUGCAAGUUUGUUCUUUGUUUUAACAAGAUAUAGGAUGUCUGAUCAA